AUGUCCCUCCUUUCCCUCCCCAAUGAGGUGCUCCUGAUGAUCGCCAAUCAGAUGGAGUCUCAGGGAACCCUCAACGCCCUGGCUCAGACGAGCCGAUUCUUUUACGCCCUCCUCAACAAAUCCCUUUACGCCAACAACGUCCGAAAGGGAGGCGGUUGGGCCUUGAGCUGGGCUGCAAAGCUCGGCCAGCUCGGAACCGCCAAAAAGCUCAUCGCUGCUGGCGCGGAGAUUGAGGUCUGUCCAAUCCUCUUCCCGCUCACCCCCUUCCUCAUCGCAGCGCAGUCCGGGAGUCUGAACGUCGCCCAGCUUUUGCUGGAGCGUGGCGCCAAUCUCCACCACCUCGACGCGCUCAACAAGUCUGCGGUACACCUUGCCGCCGAACAGGGACACGUGGCCAUGGUCAAGAUGCUCCUGAAACGGGGAGCCAAACUGGUCGACCAGACCAGUUCUCGUUUCAGUCACAACCCUCUCCACGCCGCCGCCACAAACGGCCAUCCCGAGAUGGUCCGUUUCCUGCUUGAUAUUGGGUACAAGGUCGAUGGCACCACCUUCGGAACCCGACAGACCGCGCUGCAACUGGCGCUCGAGCCCAUUCCACUUGCAACACCCAAGUCACGCAAGUACCGACGCUCGCAAAAGGGAGAAGCGGCCCUGGUCCUCAUCGAGCAUGGAGCGAACGUCAACGUCUCCUAUGGCUCGGACCGACUCCCCUUGCAUCUGGCCAUUCGCUGGCGACACGUGAAAGUUGUUGAGCGCCUGCUCGAAAAACGAGCACACCUCUACACGCCCAUGGGUGAUCUUGACUCGCCCAUCGUCCGUGACUUUUACUCUGGGCGUCGUCCGGAGCCAGCAAGCGCCAAGGCCAAGGUUCUCACGGAGAUGGCAAACAACUGCGGCAACAAGGAAAUCAUUCAGCUGAUACAGGAUGCCUUUUCUCCAUUGCAGAAAGCCCAAGAGCACAUCCAGUGUGGGCCAGAGGAGCCGGUCCCAUACGAGAAGUUAUUUGAUGCAGUGGAUGCGCCCGGGAAUUUCGACGAACACCCCUGGAGCGAACUCAAAGAGAACCCUCUAUUCGACAUGGUGGGUGUGGCGGUUACAUGGAGAACAGCCGGAGGGCAUAACGGUCACAACAUCCCCGCGAACAAUCAACUCGGGUCCCUUCGCGGUGCAAUGAACCCAUUGGGAACGACCAUGACGCUCACCUGGGACGGUACCGGGGAUGUCGAAUCACUUGCUCUUCUCUAG